AUGAGAAUCUUACAUUUAUUCAAUCUUGCUAAUAUUUUAUAUCAUAUUUAUGUAACUUGUGAUUUCCAACACAUUGAAAUAUUAUAUAAAGUUUCUUGUGUAAGAAUAGUCUUUGGAGAUCAUUUCUACCACAGUGAAUGGGAUAAAGUUAUAGUUGGAGAUAAUGAAACUACCAAUUAUUCUAGUAGAAAAGAUAGAAGACAAGGAACUCGUAAUAUAUUGCGUGGUAUAUCUAAAUAUUUUUCUAACGUAUUCAGGAAAUCAAAAGUAUCUUCUCCUAAGAAGAGACGACAUAGUGAAUAUAAUCUCUUGAGUAAAAUAGAUUUAAAUGUCGAUAAUGUUCUAGAUGAAGUUGGAGUAUCUAUACCACAGCCUGAACAUGAUUUGGGAACUAAUGAUAUUGAAAUAAAUAUAGAUGGGAAUUUGUUAAUAACGCUAAGAGAACAAUUAUUAAUUGCAGAAGAUAUAGUGUCAAAUUCAAAGUAUGAACUACAGACAAGUAAAUAUUGUUCUAUUGAUACAUGGGAAAUUUUACAAACAACUAUUCGUAACUCAUUAACUACAAAUGUUAGAAUUAAAGCUGAAAUUUCUUUAGUAAAGAGAAUAAUUGCAACUGAAUCUAGUGAAGUAUUUAAUAGAAUAUUGCUAAACAAAUACAAUUUGAUGUCAAGUGAAUUAAUUGAUUUUUUAACUAAUGAACAACUUUUAUUAGAACAAGCUAUACAGAGUAUGAGUUCCCAGUUGAAGGAAUGUAUCUCAUAUAAAUUAGAAGAUAAAAGGAGAACAUAUAUAUAUAAGAAUAAUCCUAAUUUACCAAGCACUACAUGUUCUGAAGAUGAUUUUUGGGAUUCAAAGUCAAAAUAUAUGUAUUCUCAAGUAGAAUAUGCAUUAAAUUUAGGAGCUAUUAAUAAUUUGCGGAGUUUAUUAAAAUAUAAUGAAUGUAAUACUCAAGAAAAAGAAAUUAAUCAUUGUACUAUUUGCAGGGAAGUUCUAUCUAUUUUGGUGGAAUAUUCGAGAGAUAGAUUAUCAAGAAGACCCGCAGGUUAUUUUCAUAAUAAAACAUUUGGUUUAUUAUAUGAUCAACCAGAUCAACCAGAUCAAACAGAACAAACAGAUCAGAAAUAUAAAGAUAUUGCAAGUUCAGAAUUGUCUGAAUUAGAUAAAAUUAAUCCAGAAAUUGUAGAAAAAGGAAUUUUGUUUUAUGAUGAAAGUAGAUUUAAAAAAGAUGAAUUAUUAGAUGAAAAAAGGAGUCGGAUAAUGACUAAAAUUCAGAAAUUGGAUGAGUUAAUCGAGAAAAUUGAUUCUAAAGAAUUGUAUUUUUGUGAUAAAUCCUGUAAAAGAAAAGAUAAUUGUUUUUUUUGUAGGAGGAGACGUUCUAUAAAUAAGAGAAGGGCCAAAUAUAAAAUAUUUACAUUAAAAGAUGAAUUGUGUAAGUUAGAUAUUUAG